AUGAAGCUAAUUUCACUCCUCUUGGCCACCCUCGUAGCCAUGGCGCCUGCGGGAUGCUCCCCGUUACACAGACGACAGACGGCAACGCUUUGUGGGAGAAAUGACUACUGGUCCGGCAACGGGUACGAGGUCAACAACAACAACUGGGGCGCAGGGUCGGCGACUUCAGGCUCCCAGUGCACAUAUGUCGACAGUAGCUCCAGCUCGGGUGUAUCGUGGCACACAACGUGGACCUGGGAAGGCAAUGAGAAUCGCGUGAAAAGCUAUGCGUACUCGGGCAGACAGAUCGCGAGGGGAAACACUAUUUCUUCCAUCGAAAGCAUGUCAACAGAAGUGUCAUGGACCUAUAACACGAGCGAUAUCCGUGCCAACGUCGCCUACGAUUUCUUCACUGCUCAAGACCCGAAUCAUUCGAGCAGUGGUGGUGACUACGAGUUGAUGAUAUGGCUUGCCAGGUUCGGAAACGUCUCUCCUAUCGGAUCCUCUAUGGGCACCGUCACAGUCGCCGAGAAUAGCUGGCAGCUCUAUGUUGGCAACAAUGGCGGAAUGGUCGUCUACAGCUUCGUGGCCACCAGCAGUAUGAAUAGCUUCAACGCUGACGUCAAGAACUUCUUCACCUAUCUGGAAGAUAAUGACGACUUCCCGGCCGACGAUCAGAAUCUUAUUGUUUUCCAACUUGGCACAGAAGCCUUCACCGGUGGGCCAGCUACCUUCGCCGUUUCUCAGUUUUCGGCCAACGUCAUCGUAUGA